AGGACCAGUUUGCGUUGCCAUAACAAAUUCAUUUGUGACAAAAUGGCAGCCGAGGAAGGACCUAGACAACUGGACGCUCAUGAAUACCUGGAUAAACAUAGAGUUAUUGACCUUUUUAACAAUUUAACAUCCCAACUGAUAUACAGCAGACCUGAUGAUCCGAAAAAAUUCCUCAUCGGUACACUGGAGAAGCUUCACAAGUGUCGGAGCACAAAGUUAGACAUCCCAAGUCUGUUUGACGACUCCAACAUUCACUCUGUGUUUGGAAUGCUAGAUCCCACAAACAGGGGCUACAUUACCCUACAGCAAUACUAUGAAGCUCUGACAACUCUUGGUGUGAAAAAGUAUGACGAUCAGCCAGCUGGUGCUGAUAUAGACAGGAUCACUUUUGAUGUGUUUGUCCACGAAGCGAAGAAUGGGUUGACUGAAGCAUCAUCAACAUUCAGCACCUAGGAUACAUGCAUGCCUUUAUGAAUACCUGCCAUUCAUUUCUGUGUACAUAUUUGUGUUUUUCAAGAAGAAAUAUAUUCUUCUCAGUGUAAAAAAAUAAACCUUUCAAACUGA